AUGUCGUUCGGCUCCUACAUCGUGUCAGGCGUUAGCUCCUUUGUGGUAGUAACAGCCUCCCUCUUCGCCCUCGGUCAGAAAGUACCCCGUGCCGCCUUUGCCGCUCGGUGUCUCGCAUCCUAUGGCUCCCUCCUCGUAGCUGCAGCGUACGGCGUGGUCGUCUCAAUCUGCCUGCGGCUAGUUGGAUAUGGUCGUAUCUCACAAUGGGCCACAGGGCGCAGCUUCAAGUGGUUGAUGCGCUUCACCACCGGUGUCAAGUUUGAGGUCAUCGAGGGCGAGGAGUACCUGAACACCCGUCCGGCUGUCUUCCUUGGUAACCACCAGACCGAGCUGGAUGUGUUGAUGCUGGGCUGUAUCUUCCCACCCUACUGCAGCGUGACUGCUAAGAAGUCUUUGCGGAACAUUCCCUUCCUGGGCUGGUUCAUGGCCCUCUCUCGCACUGUCUUCAUUGACCGUGCCAACCGCGAGACCGCCCUCAAGGCAUUUGAUGGUGCCGCGGAUGAAAUGCGCAAUCACCGCCAGAGUGUUUUCAUCUUUGCCGAGGGUACCCGGAGUUACUCUGAUGAGCCUACCCUUCUACCCUUCAAGAAGGGUGCUUUCCAUUUGGCUGUGAAGGCUGGUGUGCCAAUCGUCCCCAUUGUGGCGGAAAACUACUCCCAUAUUCUGUCGCCUCGUGCGUGGCGAUUCAAUGCUGGAACUAUCAAGAUCAAAGUCUUACCUCCUAUCCUGACCACGAAUUUGACAUCGGCCGAUGUGGAUAAACUGACAACUUCAACUCGGGACUCGAUGCUCAACACCCUUAUUGAAUUAUCCCAUGCCCAGAAGGAAAAGGUUGAUGUUGCCCACGCCAACGGUGUUUCCAGCGCUAUUGAGAUCUAA